AUGGAUAACACAAUCGGUCGUGAAGGAGACCGACAUAUUUUAGCCUCAUCCCAGUCUCGGGUCGAUUCUCAAGCGGAGGAGAGCCCUCGUCGUCCUGGAGCACCUUCUUUCCACUCGAAUAACCCCAUAAGUAUUGCUGCGCCUCCUGCAACUGCAUCGAUUGUUCCAGUUGAUGACCUUGGAGCGACGAACGGAGCUCUGGGAGGGCCAAAGCGCUCCAUCGCAUCCGCUCGGCGAGAAAAGAAUCUGGUGGGUCGUCCACGUCCGCUUCCACGUUUAAAAAAGAGGACAAGAAGUGUACUGUCGAGGUUACGCACGCCCCUGUCCCCCUAUUCGAGGACUGCUCGUGUGCGCAGCUUUAUCCUGCUGAUAGCCUUCUGUGUGCACACGCUGGGGUUUCCGUACGAAGAAGCUUUCCAUAACGGUGGGCGCGCGUGGUUCAUUUCCGUCGACUCCUUGACUGAAAUGGUAUUUUAUGCCGAGUUUUUACUGGCAUUCAACACGAGUUAUGUCAACAAACGUGGAGUUCUCGUGGUUUCCAGACGACAUAUCGCGCGGAAUUUCCUCGCUGGAGCGUGCGUCUUCCAGUUCGUGGCUGCAUUUCCGUUUCGAACUACUAUGAAAGGUGGGGGUGAAAAUUCUACACAAACUGAAAUAGGCAAAGACGCGUUCGGUCGCUUUUCGCAUACGCUUCUAGACAUUGUCAUCCGCUCUCACCGUGUCGUACAUAUCUUACGUCUUUUUCGUGAGAUUGGGCAGGCCCGCGGCGCUCGAAUCGAAAAGUCCGUGUGGGGGUGGCUUCUCUACUCGCGGUAUUCCCAUUUGUUAAAAAUUGUCUGGAUUGUGGGCGCUGUGAUGCUAAUUGCGCACUGUGUCGCCUGCUGCUGGAGACUUUUACUCCUUGACGCUGUCCACGUGAACCCUGCUUCAAUUGCAGAUAGAACCUGUGGUGUUCCGAUUGACUCGAAUACAGAACUCGAGGUGUAUACCGAGUGUUUCUACGUCGCCAUGCAGCUACUACAGGGUCAAAGCCUCACCACGCACUCCGCUCGGGAAGAUAUUUUUGCGUCUGGUGUAAAUCUAUUGGGAUCUAUCGUACUGGCUGUGAUCUUCGGUCAUGUGGCAAUGCUAGUGGCAAACUUCAACGCGAACUCCACGGCCUACCAACGUAAAAUGGAGUCCGUGUUUGCAGGUAUGACCAAGAUGCAGCUACCCGCACCUUUGAGAGAACGAAUACACCAAUAUUACGCGCAUUUAUGGCGUGAAUACGAAGCUUUAGAUGGUGCACCAUUGGAGCGUUUUGCUAAAGAACUUUCUCAUAACCUUACGCUCGAAGUUGUACUCUUCAAAUACAUGGAGUUAGCCAUGCACGUUCCGUUCUGGGAGAGCUGUUCGCCCGAUUUCCAGAAAACUCUGGUGCUGAGUCUUGACACUCGCGUGUAUCUCCCCGAUGAUUUUAUUGUGCGUCGUGGAGAAGUUGGAGACGAGUUUUACAUGAUCAAUCGAGGGAUGUGCGAGUUGGUGGGGAGUAAUGACACUCAGGAACACGCAACGGGGCCACUAGCUCGGCGAAGCUCGCAGCUUGGGGAUCACGGUGAUACUUCGACACUAUACACAACGUCUCUUGAUGGCACAGCUUAUCCGGAUCGUGACGACCAAGGCGCUCGAGCUGUGUCUCGAAAUUCGCGUGUAAAUCCUGAAGGUCGUAACCCUACAAUUAAGACUUUAACGCGUGGUCAAGCGUUCGGUGAGAUGGCGCUACUGAUGAACUACCAGCGAACGGCCAAUGUGCGUGCGAUGACGUAUGUCGAGAUGUGUGUACUGAGUCGGACCGCCUUCCAAGCUGUCCUAACCAGGUACCUGGCUGAUCGUAAGCAUGUUAUCUCCCAGAUUCUAAUCUCGUCGCUGGAAAACAACGAGCGGUUCGGUAUUCCUUGUCAUCUUACAGCCAUGGUUCGCUCCAUAUUCGCUGAUGAGGUGGACGGAGUGGCUAAUGGUGAAAAACUCAUCACCCCUCGACGCGCUGCUAAGCUGGUUGCGUGGGCAGUAAACCCAGACGUCGAGGAUGAUUCCAUUAAAUUUUCACUGAGUAAUAAGCUCAAGGACCAGCUUGUUGUCAUCCGCGAUCAGGAGUUCGGGGCUACAACACUUAUCGAUGAUGAUACAACGGCGAAUUCGGAGCCUGAGGUGGAUUCGCAAGUCGUGAAGCUCGAAAGUGCGCAAACGCAAGCGUUAUCAUUAAUCCAAGAGCUCCAGCGCGGGAUUCACGACAUAUUACAUCAUACUCGGCAACUACCCCAAUUGAAUGACCCGAUGAUUACGAUCCAGCAGAGACGGUCGAAAUUCAUUAGCUCUCGAUCGACUUCAGCCCCCAAUUUUGCAGAUCUGGACUUGUCAACGAGGCUCGCUUCGGACGAGAGCGCAGAGACCGAACUAAGCUUAGAAGCUAUUAAGGAUGAUAAAUCCAAAACUGCAAUCACUCCCACUAAACCGAUUCAGCGAGCGGUGACAGCACGGUGGCUGAAAACAUCUGAAAGCACCCACCCGUUGAGACUCCAGAACUCAUUUACACCUUUGGUGCGACCCCGAGCUCCAUCCGGUAGCAGCUCUCAACGGUUCAUUCAAAGAGUGACACACCAGUUGGCAAGUUUGGCGACGUCUUCUAAUUCGAUGGUGCAAGCUUCGCCCACAAGAUACGCCGACAAGCUUUUCGGAACGGCUCACUCGACUCGAGAGACUGCCCCGGGCACGACCGAAAUGUCGUUUAGAGAAGACAGCAACAUAUCUGAGGCAAGGUUCUAA